GUACCCUAAGGUCCGUGAAGGCACCACAUUACGGCGGGCUCCCCGCAUGUUAAGAUGGCGGAGCUGCAAAUGUUGAUGGAUGAGGAGAUCCCUGCGGGCAGAAAAGCCCUCCUGGACACUUUUCCCAACCUGGAGAGGGUCGCCGAGUACUGCGAGGCCAACUAUGUCCAGGCGUGGGACAAGCACGGAGCCCUGGAGGAGACCAAGAGCUACACCACACAGUCUGUGGCCAGCGUGGCCUACCUCAUCAACACGCUGGCUAACAACAUGCUGCACAUGCUCGACAUUCACACGUGUCAGCUGCGGAGCAUGGAGAGCGCCGUCAACCACAUUGCGCAGACUGUGGCCAUCCACAAGGAGAAGGUGGCGAGGCGUGAGAUCGGUGUGCUGACAGCCAAUAAGAAUGCAGGCCACGCCCACAAGAUUGUGGCGCCGGCAAAUCCAGAGAGGCCACUGCGCUACAUCCGCAAGCCUGUCAAUUUUGCCGUGCUGGACCAUGUCGGGCACGGCGUCAAGGUGAACGGGCAGGAAAGCAGCAAGGUGGACAGGUCCGGGCCCCCCAGCCCUCCCACUGCAGGACACCGCAGCAUCUUCGGGAAGGGCUCCCCCUACAGGAGCCCGGAGCCUGCGCAGCCUCUGCUGGUCCCCAACCACUAUUCCUGCAGCCCCAUCACCAGGAGGCGACCUCGCACGGACAGUGGCAGUAGCGGAGGGAGUCACCACAGUGGCAGCAGCAGAGAGAACCCUGGGACCACUGCCUUGCCCAUCGCUGUAGCAACGCCGUCCCCUCCUGCCAAUUUUCCAGUUUUUCCAAGCGUCGGACCGACAAGCUCAUCAUCCAGCGCUCCCAACUCUUCUCCGACCUCCUCUUUCUCCUCCUCGUCCUCUUCCUCGUCCACCACCCUAACUCUGCCGCAUGCCCCCCCCUCCCCGUUAUCCAAGCCCAAUGAGAAACCUGGCACCCCCUGCGUCCAUCCUCCACCACCUCCCCCCUCCUCAUACGUGUCACCAGAGGAUGGCGGGGUGGUGCCUCAGUUCUUCAGCAUGAAUCGCCCUCAGCCGCGCCAGCAAACACCGCAGGUGGGCGGUUCCCUGCCCUACCGCCGCCCACCCUCCGUUACCGGCCAGCCAAUCGUCACACAGACCCACCAGGUCAACGGCGGGCCCUGCUACAACAGCCAAAGCCCGGCUUCUCCACCGCCGACCCUCAUCCAGUUCCCUCCUCAGCUUCCCCUCAUGGGCUUCGUAGCUCGCCUCCAAGAAUCCAUCUCAGACGCAGUGCCACCAAACCUGCUGCCCGCCACCGACCAGACCGCACCCACUGGGGCUCACGGGAACGCCGCUCAUCUGGGCGAGGAGGACUCAUCUGUGGUGGAGUAUGACGACCCGUAUGCUGAGGAAGAUCCUCCCUGGGCCCCCACAAACUACCUGGAGAAAGUGGUGGCCAUCUACGACUACACGGCCGACAAGGAGGACGAGCUGUCUUUCCAGGAGGGGGCCAUCAUCUACGUGGUGAAGAAGAACGAGGACGGCUGGUUCGAGGGUGUCAUGAACAACACCACUGGACUCUUCCCCGGGAACUACGUGGAGGCCAUAAUGCACUACGCCGACUGACAGGUUUUGUUUUGUCUUUACCCACAUGCCCUUGCACUCAUGCUGACCCACAAAGCUGUCUAUUGAAGGAGGUCUGUGGACUCGUUACACUGCUCCGUCAUUGGUUAAAUCCUCAUCACAUGAUUUAUGGGCACCGUGUUGUUAACCCUGGUCUCCGUUUCCCUCAUCGGGAUUUGGCUAAUGGCGGUUGCUUUGUCCAAUUACAAUAUUACAUUUGUAUGACUAAAUGAUACAAAUGUACUUUUGCUCAGACACCAGGCAUUUAUGUUUUUUGGAAGUUGGACUUCAAACUAUCAUGUCAUUAACUCGUAGUGACACUCUGCAUAACAGAUUAAACCCUACUGAACAUACUUCCAUGUUAGGUUUAUUCAAAUCAAGUACAGUGCAUGAAAUCAGUAUAAAAGGGGAUGUGUUUGAUAUGUAAUUGCAUAUUGGCUUGUGAUUAUGCAGUAUUGAACAUGAUAAAGUUUAAAAAUUAAUAGAAAACACACUGGUGGGGAUAAACUAAUCCUGAAGUUCAUUCAUGCUGGUGCUGUAACAACAUGGUGGCCACACACAUAACUGGCCAGACUUUCUUUAUAUCUGAUUUCCGUCGCUGCCAAAUCCGAGCCUCAAGAGUCUUGUUGACGUGAAGUGGACCCCAGCGGAAAAUGUCCGCUCAUGAAGUUUACAUGGUGUGUUUGCGUACAUUGUAGUGUUUACAUUUAUAUACAUAAACUAUUUAUUUGUAAUAUUUUAUAUUCUUGUUUUGUGCUUUAUUCUACAGCUUUUAGUUGUACCGGCGCUUUAAAUGGUGGAUAUAUGCCGGUAUUUGUGUGUAAAGUGUACCGUAAUGAAUGAGGUUGCAUGCCCUUUAAAAAAAAAAAAAUCAUGUGCUAACAUCAGUUUAUGUUGUUUUGCACUUCCAGGCCACCGUACAUAUGAGACAAAAGUUCUGAGUUCAUUUUGUGGUAUUUACAUCUAUAUGUGUUAAACAACUCUGGACAGAGCACUUUUUGUUUGAAGCCACCCACUUUUCAAGUGAGAAAAGUAUUGGGACAGACAUUAAAUGAACUUAAUGUUUAAUAUUUGGUGUCAUAACUCUUAAUUGCAAUAAAUGCAUCAGGGCUGCGACCCAUUGACACUCACCAGACUCUUGCAUUCUUGAUUUGAAGUCAUCUAGCCAUCGUCGUCCGAAUCCCUGCGGAUACCUGGAG